UUAUAUUUGCUUAGAAGCUGGAAGAGCAGGUGAGGCUGGUGUAUAGUGUACACUGUCUCUGCUAUAUCCUGGGAUGAAGAGGGACUUCAUUCAGCUCCUGACACUGCUCCUUACUGUCCAGUGCGUUCUUACCCUGGAACGUAGCAGGUGCACAGGAUCAAAAUGUGACUUUGUGUGCGACUGCAGCGACUGCAGCGAUGAGCAGGACUGCGGUUAUCGGGGGAGAGAUUUUGUGUGUGAUUUUGAGGAUGCAGGGAUGUGUGGCUGGACAUAUAAGCCGGCUGAAGUUGAUGAAUACAUGUGGGAGAGACGUCAGAGGGGAGACCCGCUGCCCAACAGUGGACCCUCAUCUGAUUACACCACCGGCACAUCAGCAGGUUGGUUCAUGGCAGUGACUCCAGUGAAUGCAAAAUCUCCUAGAACAGCUAUCCUGACUUCUCCCACGAUGAACGAGUCCUCCCUGACCUGUCGCCUUCAUCUCCGCUACUUUAUGUGGGACUCAAGUUUCACUGUGCUGGAAAACAGCCCUCUUUGGGCAGAAGUGUCGACUACCGAGGGCCAAAACGCUGUGGUAUGGAGGCCAGAGAGCUCAAGUGUCCGUGCAUGGAGGGAAGGCAUCAUCUUCUUGGGACGCAUACCUGGCCCCUUUCAGAUCCAGCUACACUCACGGCGUCAAGAAGGGAGGAGAGGAGACAUAGCCAUCGAUCAGCUGGAGUUCAUGGACUGUGCACUUCCAGGCAGAAUGAGCACUGGGAGUUGUGGGGUGGGCCUUUUCCAGUGCAAACUGGGAGGCUGUGUGGAAGAACGUGCAGUGUGUGAUGGCACAGAUGAUUGCGGAGACAGGACUGAUGAGGAGAACUGCGGAGAGUAUAUGAGUUGUAACUUUGAGGAAGACAUGUGUGGGUGGGACGUAAGAUCAUUUUCAUCACUGAAGUGGAUAAGGACCAGUCAGAUGAACAUCUCAAUGUCUGAGCCUCUAAAAGGCCCUGGGAGAGACCAUUCCACCAAUUCUGCUUCAGGUCAUUUUCUGUAUGUUACCAAACCAGAUGUGCUUAAGCAAGACUGGGCAUCUUUUCAAAGUCCUCCUCUGGAAGCCACCAAUAGCUUACAUCCUUGCCGUAUGGUGAUGUACACACACCAGUUUGGUGGCAUAUCAGGGGGCCUAUCAGUGCUGGUGGCAGAGAGACAGAUUUACCCAAUUUGGGAGCGUGGAGGCUCACUGGGUGAUCUGUGGGUGAAAGCUGAGAUAGAGUUUGUAGUCAACAGCACAUUUCAGAUAUUGUUUGUUGCUGCGAUUCGAGACCAAGCAUAUGGAGGCAUUGCAGUUGAUGAUAUUACACUGUCCCCUGAAUGCCGUUUGUCCAAUGUGUCAGUACCACCAGAGUCUUUUCCUAAACCACCCAAAAAACCCUGCGCAGAGGCCAGCAAGAUUUGUGACUUUAACAGGGACUGCGCAGAGGGAGACGAUGAAGCACAGUGUGGAGACUUUUCAUAUGAGCAGGGUAGCAAGGGUUGGACAGACAUCAGUAUCGGAAGCCAAGGCUGGAAGCUUAUGGAAAAUACCUCAUCUACAGAGGCGUUCUUAUAUGUGUUUGAAGCUGCUGGUCAGCAGCUGACAGAAGCUCAAACACGCACCCCUCCACUCGGCCCAUCCGGCCUUGCCUGCACUCUCAAGUUCUCCUACAGCCUCACAGGCAGCAACACACACAUAGGUGAAGUGUCUGUAAUUGUAGUGGACAGUGUGUUGGGCUCUCUGCCUCGGCUGUGGGAGUUUGGUGGGAGGACGGGUGAGAACCCAGCGGAAUCAUGGGUAAAAGAGGAAGUCUAUAUUGGUGCCAGAGAUCAGCGUUUCCAGCUGGAGUUCAGAGCUCGUGCUCAAAAUAUUAACUCGGAUGCAAGAAUAGCAGUGAAGGAUGUUCAUUAUGUCAACUGCAACCCAGCAUAUAUUCCCUCUACUAUUGAUGGACUCUCAUGUAACUUUGAGACUGACUUAUGUGGAUGGUACCAAGAUCAAAUGGACAACUACGACUGGAGUGUUCAGAAUGGCAUUGACCACACUAUUGGAAGUGGUAGAAGUCUGUUGGUGGAUAUGUGGAACACGACACUACGAGGUCUCUCUGGCCGUCUUCUUUCACUCCACCAGAAUUCAAUGGAUGCGCAUUGUCUCUCAUUCUUCUACAAACUCUACGGCCCUCAAACAGGUGCACUCAGUGUUAAGCUGCUUUUAAAAGAUGGCUCAGAGCAGCUGUUAUGGACCCGGUUUGGGGCUCACGGAAAUGUGUGGCAGGAAGGACACUGCCCAGUGCCUCAACAAAUUAUUACCUACCAGUUAGUGUUUGAGGCAGUGCGCUCAGGUUUUGAUGGACAGGUGGCUAUAGAUGACGUGGCAUUUGUGAAAGGCCCGUGCUCUCUGCCCACUAUGUGCUCAUUUGAGGGUCAGCGCUGUGGCUACAUCGACAGUAGAGAGGGUUUCUGGGUCCACCAGACAUGGGAUGCAACAAGGACUGGCCCUAAGACCGACCACAGUCUUGGGACAGAGAUGGGUUACUACAUGCUGGCCCACAGCGGUGUGGAUGUCCUUCCUCAGGGCAGUGUGGCGAUUCUGAGCUCUCCUGUACGCCGUGGUGUGACUCACACUGAGUGUGUCUAUUUCUGGUACUACAUGGGGGGACAUAACCCAGGUACUCUGAGUGUGUAUGUGAAGCCUGUUGACAGAGACAGGAUCCUGCUGUUCUCCAGCAGUCUGGAUCAAGGACACGUCUGGCGCCUUGGAAUGGGCAGUGUUAGCUGGCAUGGAGACUGGCAGUUGCAGUUUGAGGUGGAGGGAGGAGGAGGAAAAGACACUUAUGUUGCUAUUGAUGACAUCAGCUUCUCAACUCACAGCUGUCCUACAACAGACAAAUGUGAUCUGGAACGAGGUCUGUGUGGAUGGAGCAACAUUCAGAACCACAAUUUGGAUCACUUAGAUUGGGAGCUAAGCAACCUGCUGUCUGAAACACACUACCCCACCCCUCCAUAUGACCACACACUGCACAAUGAGAGAGGUCACUUCCUUUUCCUUCCAUACACUCCACGGGACUCUGCUACCCGUAAUGCCUGGCUGCUGAGUCCCCAUCUUCCUCCCACCAAAGGCACCUGCCUGUAUUUUUGGGUUUAUCAGCCUGUCGCUCAUGACAGCAAGUUGGUGGUGUGGACGCUCUCCAACGCGGCCAAAACUGAGCUUUUGAGCCUCACUGGGGCUGGAGACACAUGGAACCGUUUCAGAUUAAAUGUCACCUCAGAGACUGAGUACCAAAUUGUGUUUGAGGGACUUAAAGGAGCAAAGAGUGUUCUUGCUUUGGAUGACUUUGGCUACACUGUUGGAGUCAACUGUGUUGGAGAGCAGACAGACCAGAUAACUUCAACAUCACCUAACAACACAGGAGUAAUAGCUGUCUCUGUGGUAGUAGCCAUUCUGCUGAUGAUGACACUAGCUGUUUUACUCUUCCUCUACCUGAGGAUGCGUGAGCGUAUCAAAUCUCAGACACAGAACUCAAGUGGUAAUGCGGAUCCAGGCUUUGGAAAUAAUCUGUAUGAACCGCAGGAUCAUGUUGUUUUACCUUCCAUCUAUAGCCGGGAGCAAGAGCAGGAGGCGGAAUAAGACUGCCAAUGUGAUUGUGCAACUUGCUGAAGGGACUUUGUGCAAAUCAUACGAUGCCACAGCAGAAGAACUGCUUGUAUCGUUGCAUACACAUCCGUAAAAACACCUAGCAGACUACUCAGUACUUUUUUUUUUUUAUAAUUCUGAUUACACUACAGUGCAAAUCUGGAAUUCGAAUAACAGAUUAACAUCAAUGCACUCUAAUACAUUUCUAUGGUAGCAUUUCUAAGGUAACAACUUACACAGGGACUUGUAUUGCAGAGGAUCCAUAUAAACAUAUAUAUAUAUAUAAAAAAAAAGAGUGCAGUUCUUGAUACGAUCAAGUUUUUGGUGAGGAGACGUUUAUUUAACGUUUACGGAAGGAGUCUCCAGUGUUGGUGCUUUCAAAGAGUCAGUGAUAAAGCCGUUCUUUUAAGCCGUUUUGCAAGAUGGAGAGCUUUGCAGCAAAAAGCAAGACUGUUGAGGAAUUAACUGAUGUUUUAUAUCUUAAUUAUGGCAUGAUGGUGCUCUGGACUGCUGAGGUUAGUAGUAUGGGAGUGUUCAAGAUCUAGAAGAUGAUAUAAGUUGUGGAACAUUACAAUAAAGUAUACAAGAAAAGAAUAAAAAGUCUACUACUGGUUAAUAUUACUACUAUACUACUACUACUACUACUACUAGUACUAAUAGCGCAAAUGGUAAAAAUCCCAUUGUAGUGCAUAAUCUGGCAAGACUUGGACAAAUAAAGGUUCUAAAAGCUAAUGUAGAAACAUAAGGAGCUCAUUAAAUGCUGCUAGAAUGAACAUUUUAUAUGUUUACAUGUUAUGAGUAAAGAUUGAGCAUCAUCCUUCUGGUUUUGGAAAAGCAUAAGCAAGUUUGAACUGCAAGAUCUUUGAACAGCCACUGUAUACACAAAAAGUGACCUGUGUUAACUAGUUGUUCUCACUGUUUGCAACAUAAGAACAAAUUUUACAGGAAACACAUACCAAAAUGGAAUCAUAAAACACCUAGAGCAGCUCUAUUUUUUUGUUGUUGGUCUAAUUAUAGUGAUGUCUAAUGUCAACAUUUUAAGGGAAUAAAAUGUUUAAUUUGAUGUUGGAGAUAAGCUGUUUUAUUUCAGUUAUAAAACCUUUUUCACAUAUAUGUAAUAUGUAACUUGUUUAUCAAACCACUGGUUAAAGUAAUAAAUCAUAUUUACACAA